GCACUUCCGGCUGGGGUUGUAAACAGCGGUGAGUCCAAUUGAGCCGAGAGCCCCGGCUGUGGAGGGGGAUGGCGGGUUUCGGCCUGCCCGGGGUCCGCGGAGUUGGAUCGGACGCCAGGGCUUGGGUGCCUGGAAGGAGGGGCCUCGGCCGCCGCUGAGCGGGCCGGGCCAGGCAUGGGGAACUGCCUGUCGUCGCAGCGGUCCGGCACCGGAGCUGGGGACGAGGCGGGGCCCGGAGCCGCAGACAACCAGUCGCUGCUUAAUGACUCCGGAGACGGGAGCAGCUUUCCCGGGGACCCGCCGCCGCCCCCGCCGCCCUGCAGGGGACGGGAGCCAAUCCCAGUGUACCACCCAUCUCCGAGCCAGAGCCGACUGGCCACACAGCUCACAGAGGAGGAGCAGAUCCGCAUCGCCCAGAGAAUUGGCCUCAUCCAGCACCUGCCCAAGGGCAUCUUCGACCCUGGCUCUGAGGGGUCCGAAAAGAAAAUGAAAGAGUGUGUGAUCUGCAUGUUGGACUUUGUGUAUGGGGAUGCCAUACGCUUCUUGCCAUGCCUGCACACCUACCACGUCCACUGCAUUGAUGACUGGCUCAUGCGCUCUCUCACAUGUCCCUCUUGCAUGGAGCCAGUGGAUGCAGCCCUGCUUUCCUCCUAUGAGACAAGCUGAAUUUGGAGCCUGGCAGCCAACAUGUUCCCCGGGCCUACUCAGGUGAGCCCCAGGGGAAAAGCAGCAGCCACUGGAGCUAGACAUUUAUGUUUGGGGAACAUACCAAAGAAUGCUGAAGCUAGGCUGGCACCCACUCAAGAGGCGGUUGUUCUUGGAUGUCCUGGCCUGAAACAGACCAAGCUGACACUUCAGUGUCCCUAGCUCAAAGUCUUGACACUUUUUCAAGUCUAGUAACUACAGUUUCCUCCCCCACCCCCAAUGAACUAUUUUUACUGCUCAGUUUUUAAAGAUGAUCCUGAAAGCUAAUAUUUCUUUCUCAAUCCCAUAACUGAACCCUGGAGCCCAGUACCUGAAGCUUCCCCUAGGGGUAAUGGGAGAGGAAGCAUUUCAAAUCCUAAUUCCAGGUGUCAAAUAUUCACUGUGGCUAAAGCCUAGUGAGGAUUGGGGUGGUAAGAGUGCAGGAGGAACAAAUUACAUUGGUCCCCUCUCUGCUUGGGCCUUUGCUGGUGGAACAAUGAAAACUAGACAACUUUUACUAACAAGCCUGAUAUUUUGGAUCUCCCUUUUAACCGGUCCCCUGUACUAUCUGGCGAUAUGAGAAGAAACCUUUAGUCUCUCUUCUACCUCACUCUGACCAGACCUUUUUGGGUCAGAAUCCUGGAACCUCCUGAGUUGGGUCAGCUUUGGUCAGUCACAGUAUCUGCGCUGUGUUCUUUCAUAAUCCUGGGAGUUGGGCAAAUGGGAUUGGGGUAUUCUCCUGUCCUUCCUCUACCCUCUGGACAGGUUGAAUCUUGCUUGCCUUAAAGGCCUUGGUCCAGAGCUAAGGACAAUGGGUCAUGCAUGACCUACUUUUGGGAACAGAGUUCUUAGGUUUGGGGUUUAUUUUUUUUAAGCUAAACUAAUUCUGUGGAGCAGGGAUGCAGAGAGGGAAGCAGGAUGACAUGGUUUCACACAUAUGGCUCACCUGAGGAGGAACUACUGCCUUCAACAUAGCCAAGACAACCCCCUUCCCCAAAUCCCAGGGCUUAGCCCUCCUUUCUGCUGGCAGGGGCUCUUGCCCUGGUCAUUGUGGGUGUCUCCAGGCUACCCCCAAUGUAGGGGAGGGGUAACUAGAGAGGAGCCUCAUAAAUUAUCUCUGGGCUAGUAGAAGAGAUGAACAGGGCCCCUGAUCAUGUGGAAGACAAGCAAUAAAAUGUGUUGCACAUAAAA